AUGAAGCCAGCGGCUGAACGGCGGGACGGUUGCGGUGGCUUGGUGCUUGCACGCGGCGGAUCUCGACCAAGAUUCCGGUGGCACGUGCUUGUCGAUGAUGGUUGUCCGCGGACGGUUGGGUGGUGCUGCGAUGUCUCGCGUCUGGGAGGUGGCAGCGGCUAUGGGUCACCGGUGAUUGGAACUCGGCUGUUGCUGCGUGCGUUUAUGGGGGUGCAGUGGCUGGCCGCCGGGUGCGACUGUUCCGGUGGUGGAAGGACUGACCACGGAUGGCUCUCAAUGGCGGGUUACGCGUCUCUUGGUGGGGUGCCGUUCGAACUAUCAGAGCCUGGUUAA